AUGAUCUGGGAAGUAAAUUCCAAUAAUAUUUUAGAAUUUUCCUCACAAAUAAUAGUUCUAAUUAAAACAGGUAAAAUAUCUAUCAAGAUGAUACUUUACUUGAUUGAUAGCUUUUCAAAGAUCCGAAAUAAAGAUAUUGUAUUAUUUGCUGAUUUAUAUCAUAAGAUUUUAGAUGCAUUUUCAUGCGUAAUCAAACCAGAAAAUGAUAAACUGGCGACAUUAUUAUUCCAUAAAGGAUUCACUUUCAAUAAUUUCACACCUUACUAUGAAGUAGAUAAUAUUCUCAAUAUAUUUUCAGACGAUUCACCUCUACAUUUUAUUGCCUGGGAUAAAGUUGAUGAACUUAAAAGCAAAUUCCCAAACCUUGAAAUUGAUGAGACAAUUAAUUUUAGAUUUACUCCUCUUGAUUGUGCUUGCAAUUUUGGAUCUGAAUUAUGCUUCAAUUAUCUUAAAAAUAAAGGAGCACAGUAUUCUAAAGAUUCUGCAAAAUUAGCCAUUAAAGGCAGAAAUAAAAACAUUUUUAUGCAAAUGAUAGAAGACGGACAGUCAUUCGAUAAUAUAAUCAACACCGCAUUAGAUUAUCGAAACUAUGAAGUUGCUGAAUAUCUCAAAACUAAACUUGGACAAAAGCCUGAUUCUUUAGCAGAAAGUUUGCAUUUUGGAAACUAUGAUAUAGCAUCAUACUUAAUUUCAAAUGGAGCAGAUAUCAACAAUAUUUAUAUCCUCUUUCUUUCCAUAUCUAUUAUUAUAUAA